AUGCCACCACACCAAGCCAACGGAUUGCCAGCAGGGCACGAGGCUGAUGACUACUUCCAUACGAAUCCACCGCCCAAAGCAUUGUCGAGUCACCAAUCGUUGGCGCGGGAGUUCAUCCAGUAUCACUUAGAGAAUUCACCCAGACGGAAAGUUGUUCUGGUCACCUCAGGAGGCACCACUGUGCCUCUAGAGAACCAGACAGUGCGCUUCAUAGAUAACUUCUCGGCAGGCACCCGUGGAGCGACGUCCGCCGAAUAUUUCCUACAAGAAGGAUACGCCGUCAUCUUCCUCCACAGACAAUUCAGUCUUCUGCCGUACUCUCGACACUACAGUCACAGCACCAAUUGCUUCCUCGACUUCAUGGAUGAGGCCGAAGAUGGGCGAGUCAUAGUCCGCAAGGAAUACCAGGACAAGAUGCGGCGAGUUCUGCAGCAGUAUCACCAUGCGAAGGAUAAUCGGCUCCUGCUACUGCUCCCUUUCACGACGGUUACUGAUUACCUCUUCGAGCUGCGCAGUCUUGCUGUCAUCAUGCAACCGCUGGGUAACCGGGCGUUAUUUUACUUGGCCGCGGCCGUGUCCGACUUCUUUAUCCCGCGAGAACGGAUGGAAGAGCACAAAAUUCAGUCUCGCGACAACGACGCUGGAGGCCAAGGGUCAGGGGCCAGUAGGCAACUGGUCGUCAACCUUGACCCGGUUCCCAAAUUCCUAAGCACCCUGGUGCAGUCCUGGGCCCCGAAAGGCAGCAUGAUUGUUAGCUUCAAGCUCGAAACCAACCCGAGCCUCCUGGUCAGCAAAGCGGAACAAGCCCUGAAACGAUACCACCAUGACCUGGUCAUCGGCAAUCUCUUGAGCACCCGCAAGUGGGAGGUGGUCUUUGUGACUUCAGAUGGCGAAGAAAGGUGGAUCCGAGUUCCGAAAGCACGGAGAUCCAAGAGUAUUUCGGGAGUCGAAGAGUUGGUCGGAAAGGCCGAACGCAAGCAUGGAAUGGAACACGUUGACCUUGAGGGGGGGACGGUCACCGAGGGCAUGGAAAUCGAAAGCCUGAUCGUGCCCGAGUUGGCGCUGAUGCAUACCAAAAGGAUGGAACAGCAGUCUUGA